AUGUUCAAAAUCUCAGCAAUUCUUUUAGUUUUGGCUUUCAUUGCCUGUGCUUCUGCCAGUUCCAUUGAAUUAUGUGCUCCAUGUUCAAAUGGUUUAGUCCAACCUUGUGGUUCAUCAGGUACUGUUAAAUGUGUAACCGUCCCAUUGGGUAAAUGUUACACUUUCAAUGAUGUUUGCGCUGGUAUCCCAAUUGUAAGAGCCUAUUACAUUGACUCAAUUGAUGGUGGUGUUGUCUCUGGAACAGUCUAUGCUUCAAUGGAUGCCUGUUCAAAUGAACUCGCUGGUAUUUCACUCUCUGAAAACUGUGGUGAUUGCAAUGAAGGUACCACUCUCACUUGUCACGCUGGUAGCACUGCUUCCAAUAGCAUGAAAGCUUUCGCCAUGGGAGCUGCCUCUGUAGUCUUGGCUGCUCCAUUCUUGCUCUAA